CACAUUUUUUACCACGUUUUCUGCUUUAAUUUAACCAAAACAAAAACAAUGGGAGAUCAGCCAGUGAGAGUGCUGGCGUGUGGAGAUGUGGAAGGCCGACUGAACGCUCUGUUCAACCGAGUCCAGACCAUCCAGAAGAAGACCGGACAGUUUGAUCUGCUGCUGUGUGUCGGAGAGUUCUUCGGAACGACGCCGGAGGCCGAGGCUGAGUGGCAGCAGUACAAAAGUGGAGCCAAGAAAGCUCCCAUCCAUACUUACAUCCUCGGAGCGGCGGGCCAGGACACGGUGAAGAACUUCUCGAGUGCUGACGGCUGCGAGCUGGCUGCAAACAUCACGUACCUGGGUCGGCGGGGCGUGUUCACCGGCGUGUCAGGCUUACAGAUCGCCUACGUCAGCGGUCGGGAGGCGUCGCAGGAGCCAGCGCCGGCUCACUGCUUCACGUCCAAAGAUCUGUCGGCCCUCGUGGCCCCGCUGACCAGCAGCACCAAGUUCAGAGGGGUCGACAUCCUGCUGACGUCACAGUGGCCUCGAGGAGUCUGGAACUACGGAAACAACCCGGACGUGAACACAAAGUUCUGUGGGAGCGGUUCCGUCUCCAGCCUCGCUGACAAACUGAAGCCGCGUUACCACUUCGCAGCGCUAGAGGGCGCUCACUACGAGAGGCUGCCAUACAGGAAUCACAUCGUUCUCCAGGAAAACGCUCAGCACGUCAGCCGCUUCAUCGCCUUGGCAACCGUCAACAACCCAGCAAAGAAGAAGUAUCUGUACGCCUUCAACAUCAUUCCCAUGAAGACGAUGGAUCCGACAGAGCUGGUGAAGCAGCCGCAGGACGUGACGGAAAACCCGUACAGACGCUCCGGAAAAGACAAAGCAGAGAUGCCAAAGAUGAACUUCAGCACCGAACAGGAGGAGCCGGCCAGUCAGUUCUUCUUUGACCUGAGCAAGAAGCAAGGCGGCGGGGGUCCUCGGGGCCGCGGCAGGAAGAGGGACGGAGACCAUCAGUGGAGACGCUGGGAGGGAGACGGACAAAACAAACAAGCUCGCAGGCAUCCUCAGCCUCCUGGUCCCUGCUGGUUCUGUCUGGCCAGUCCUCAGGUGGAGAAACACCUCGUCAUCAGCAUCGGAUCACACUGUUACUUGGCUCUGGCUAAAGGCGGUCUGACGUCUCGCCACGUGCUCAUCCUCCCCAUCGGUCACUACCAGUCGGUGGUGGAGCUGAGCUCGGAGGUGGUGGAGGAGAUGGAGAAGUACAAGUCGGCCCUGAAGAACUUCUACAAGAGCAAAGGAGAGCGCUGCGUGCUGUUUGAGAGGAAUUACAGGAGCCAACAUCUGCAGCUACAGGUCGUCCCGGUGCCGCUGGACCGCUGCGCCACAGAGGACAUCAAGGAGGCGUUCAUGGUUCAGGCUCAGGAGCAACAGAUGGAGCUGAUGGAGAUUCCCGAACACACCGACCUCAAACAGAUUGCUCCUCCUGGGACACCGUACUUCUACGUGGAGUUGGACUCGGGGGAGAAACUUUUCUACCGCAUCCAGAAACAUUUUCCUCUGCAGUUUGGAAGGGAGGUUCUGGCCAGCGAAGCGUUGCUGAACAUCCCGACCAGAGCGGACUGGAAGGAGUGCAAACAGACCCGAGAGGAAGAGGAGGAGUGCUGCAGACUGCUGAGAGACCAGUUUCAGCCGUUCGACUUCGCCUUGGACGACUGACACACACACACACACACACACACACACACACACA